CCUCUCGCAGGCUGUCCAAAACCCACUCUUAUCCGCAGGGGCGCGCACGCGAUCUCCCUUCUCCAAUCCGCCCCAUCCGCCAUGCUGGCUGCCGCCGGCACCGCCUCGGGUCUCGGGUUCGCACCCUUCUCCCUACUUCCUUCCCGCCCCCUGCGCCCAAACCCUAGCCGCGGCCUCCUCCUCGCAGCGACCGCCUCCUUCCCGCGGUCGCGCCGGUGCGGGUGCGGCGCCGUGGUGCGCUGCGCGAAGCGCACGGGGAAGCGGCGGUACCCGUCGGAGAAGAAGCUGCUGGAGCGGCGCCACAAGGAGCUGCUCCGCCAGGCCGCCCCCGAGGAGGGCAGCGAGGGGCGGGAGUCCGGGUACUGGCGGCUCUCCAAACUCGCCGUUCCCGCCCGCGACGACCCAGGCAAGGACUUCGCCGGCGUCUCCCUGCCGCUCCUCCAGGCCAUCGCCAAAGCCAUCAAGUUCCCGGUUGCUUCUAUGCUGCCUGAAGAGGCCUUCUCUGUUAUCCGCAAGUCAUUUGAUGCACGAAAGGUUUUGAAAGAACCUCAGUUUGUUUAUACUGUUGAUAUAGAUGUUAAGAAGCUUCUGGAUAUGGAGCCGAGGACAUGGGAUUUUAUUGCUAGGUUGGAGCCCAAACUUGGAGCUAUAGAAUACAUGCCUGACGAGAAGUUAGCAGCUGAUCUGAUUAGCAUUCUCAAUGUUAACAAGAAAGGUUCUGAUGAUGAACUGGGAGUCAGCGAUAUUAUUAAUAAUGGUUCGUCCUGUCCUUCACGAAAGAAACCAAGGGUGGCAGUUAUAGGAAGCGGACCAUCUGGCUUGUUUGCUUCCCUUGUGCUAGGCGAACUUGGUGCAGAAGUUACCUUAUUGGAGCGUGGUCAGCCUGUUGAACAAAGAGGGCGUGCCAUUGGUGCACUAGCAGUAAGACGAAUCCUCCAAUCAGAGAGCAACUUUUGCUUCGGCGAGGGUGGUGCAGGUACGUGGAGUGAUGGGAAGCUUGUGACCCGGAUAGGAAGAAACACUGAUGGUGUUCAGGCUGUUAUGAAAACAUUAGUUCACUUUGGAGCCCCUUCAAACAUUUUAGUUGAUGGGAAACCUCACUUGGGUACCGAUAAACUUGUUCCCCUGCUGCGCAAUUUCAGGCACCACUUAAGAGAAUUGGGUGUUACCAUAAGAUUUAAUGCUAGAGUAGAUGACCUUAUAGUUGAAGAUGGGCAGGUGAAAGGAAUUGUGGUUUCUGAGUCAGGACUACAGCCAGGUGCUGUCAAGGAGAAACUAUCAUUUGAUGCAGUUGUAUUGGCAGUUGGUCACUCAGCUCGUGACACAUAUAGUAUGCUUCAACAGCAUAAUGUAGAUAUAAGCCCAAAAAGUUUUGCUGUUGGAUUAAGAAUUGAGCAUCCCCAAGAAUUGAUAAACAGUAUCCAAUACUCUGAAUUGGCUGCUGAAGUACAGAAAGGACGUGGGCGGAUACCUGUAGCAGAUUACAAGAUAGUGAAGUCUGUUGGUGAAGGAGAUGCAGAGAAUGAUCUAGACGCAACCGAACAAAGUCGCAGUUGUUACUCGUUUUGCAUGUGUCCUGGUGGACAGAAGUUUGAGAUAUGCCUGCAGGUAGUUCUAACUAGCACAAAUCCAUCAGAAUUGUGCAUCAAUGGCAUGUCAUUCUCACGGCGUGCAUCGAAGUGGGCAAACUCGGCUCUUGUGGUUACUGUAUCAUCUCAUGAUUUCAAAUCAUUUCAGUCCCAUGGUCCUCUUGCAGGUGUUGAAUUCCAGAGAGAAUUUGAAAGAAGAGCAGCUAUGAUGGGUGGAGGGAAUUUUGUUGUCCCUGCACAGUGUGUGACAGAUUUUAUCAGCAACAGAUUGUCAGUUACAACUCUCCCACUAUCAAGCUACAGGUUAGGAGUUCGGCCAUCCAAACUCCAUGAGCUAUUCCCUCCUUACAUAACUGAAGCUUUACAACAAUCAAUAAUAAUGAUUGACAAAGAGAUGCCGGGAUUUGUUUCUAAGGAGGCCCUACUUCAUGGUGUUGAGACUAGAACAAGCUCGCCCUUGCAAAUUUCACGACAUGGAGAGACAUACGAAAGCACAUCAUUGCGAGGAUUAUAUCCAAUUGGGGAAGGUGCUGGCUAUGCUGGGGGCAUCUUAAGUGCUGCUGUGGAUGGUAUGUAUUGUGGUUUUGCUUUAGCCAAACAGCUCUCUCUAUUCCGUGGUGAUAUGGAGUCAUCUCUCGGCAAAGCGCAAAAACAAACAGGUUUUGUAAAAUAUUGAAUGUCGGUGCCUAGUUUUUUAUAGGCACAAAAUGUUCGGGAAAAAAAAAAUUCUCACCUUCCUAAUUUUUUGUCACAUAGAACAGCUGUGAUAAGUGAACUCGUCAAAUAAUUUGAGCCUGGUUGAUCCGUUGAUGUAGAACAGGAGAGCAAGCAGUGAUGCCAUAUGUGAACGUUCUGGUAUAGAUAAAGCAAUGUAACAGUUAAUUUGAUCAUCCACCUAGCGUAUUUUAGAACAUUUUGUUAAAAGUUAUAUUUGAAAGAAAAAUAUUUUGAUGGA